AUUUGGAGAUCCCGGAAGUGUGAGCGCCGCUACGCUACCGGGGCACAGGGAGGCUGGGAGCUGCAGUGCCUAUUCGGACAGGAGCCGAAUAAUAGAUCCGGCCAUUUCAAGGAAAACGUGGAGAUAAACGCAAACGGACAUACUUCUGCCAAAGGCUUCGAUCGCUAUGGAAGCACUAGUUGAGCGACUGGAACAGGCUGUGAUUCGGCUCGAGGCGGUUUCAGCCAAGCUUCAGGGUUGCUCUGGGAGCUUGUCCAAUGGCGAAAUCAAUGGAUUUAAUGGUGAAUCUCAGUGCAUGGAUGCGUUUGACCAUUUGCUGAAAGGCCCUCUGGCUGAAUACUUGAAGAACAGCCAGAUUAUUGGAGGAGAUGUGGCACAGCAUGCUGAGAUGGUACACAAUGCCCUGCAGGUACAGAAGAUUUUCCUUAAACUGGCCUCCACACACCAAGAGCCUUCACAAACAGAGCUGGCAGAUCUGCUCAGACCCAUUUCAGAGCAGAUUGGGCAGAUCCAGAAUUUCAGAGAGAAAAACCGUGGCAGUCAUCUGUUUAACCACCUGUCUGCUGUCAGUGAGAGCAUUCCUGCCCUGGGAUGGGUGGCAGUGAAUCAGAAACCAGGGCCCUACGUGAAGGAGAUGAACGAUGCCGCUAUAUUCUACACCAACAGAGUCCUGAAAGACUACAAAGACAUUGACCCUUGCCAUGUGGAGUGGGUUCGCUCUUACCUGAGUAUCUGGACUGACCUGCAGGCUUUUAUUAAACAACACCACACCACGGGACUCGUCUGGAGCAAGACAGGUCCUGUAGCUCCUUCGUCCCUGUUUAUAUCUGAACCUACUGCUCCUUGCUCUCCACCUCCACCUCCACCUCCACCUCCAUUCACAGACGAAGGUCCAAAACCUGACAACAGUGCUGUGCAGCGUUCAGCUCUGUUCGCCCAGCUCAACCAGGGAAUGGCCAUCACUAAAGGAUUGAAGCAUGUGGGUGAUGAGCAGAAAACCCACAAGAACCCUAAUCUUCGCUCUCAAGGUGGAACAAGCCAGGCUUCUCCUUCGAAAGCUUCCAGCUCAUCUAAUCCUAUACCAGCUAAGAAAAGAUCUCCAGUCCUGGAACUGGAGGGAAAGAAGUGGAGAGUGGAGCAUCAGGAACAGGUGCAUGAUCUGGUAAUAGAAGAAACAGAGCUGAAACAGGUGGUCUAUGUCUUUAGCUGCAACAACUCCACACUCCAGAUUAAAGGCAAAGUCAACUCCAUUAUAGUGGACAACUGCAAGAAGCUUGGCCUUGUGUUUGAGAAUGUGGUUGGCAUUUUUGAAAUCAUCAACUCCAGAGACAUCCAGCUCCAGGUGUUGGGGAAAGUGCCCACUAUCUCUGUGAAUAAGACAGAGGGAUGCCACAUUUACCUGAGUAAGGAGUCUCUCAACUGUGAGAUUGUCAGUGCCAAGAGUUCAGAAAUGAACAUUCUGGUUCCUCAGGAAGAUGACGAUUAUCGAGAGUUUCCUGUGCCGGAGCAGUUUAAGACUGUUUGGGACGGGUCCAAGCUGGUGACGGAGCCAUCUGAGAUUACUGGCUGAUUCGACAGAGUUGUUUUCAUUUCCACAUCUCUGCUGGUAGCCUCAUUAUAUGUACCUCUCUCUGCACUCUCAGUACAAGCUUUUAGACACAUUUGUCUGAUUCCUGAAUUACAGUUAGUGCCAGCUCAUUAGUUAGUUAGUGACAGCUAAUCUACGUAGUUCACUUCAAUAUAUCCAAUAUCAUGAUAUAAAGGUUAAAAUGUAACAAUAAUAAUCAAUAAUAGCUGUAUUCUUUCUUAUAUAGAGAAAUAUAUAUUUCUUUUUCUGUCACAUUUCAACAUCAUGUUGUUAUAAAGUUGAUUAAAUCUGCCCUGUCCAAACAAAGUCCAAAUCUGUUCAGAAAUAUUAAGGCACUUUGGAUUUUCAUGCUAAGUCCUGCCCCCUUUUUUUUUUGCUUUCUGUUGCGAGUGUUUAAUUUGUUUGUUUUUUUUUUCUUCCCUGUGAGUUUUUACACCAAGUUUUAAUAAGACAUCAGACGUUUUUCAACUCGAUUGAGACCAGAAUUUUAAACGAGGGGAAAAAAAUCGAAAAUGCAAAUAAGACUGAAUAUAAAAUACUUGGUGAAUGUGAAAAUCUGGCAUUUGGUGUUUGCCCUAAAUUAUGACUUUUUUUGUUUUAUAUCUUAUUUAAUUUUUUUUUACAUUUUUGUUAUAUGUAAUUUAACAUGUUUUUUUUUUCAGUCAGCAUAGUGUUUCAUACAAUGGUGUUCUGUAUAAUGUAGUCAGCCUGUGCCAUCAUAAUCAUACACUUAAACAAUAUAACCAUGUCAUAACCAACACUACAUAAUAUAAAUAUAGGAUAUAAGAAAAUUCAGUUGCUCACUGCAGAAAUUUCUCUUCUUGAUGAUAUCUGGGCUGCACAUUAUAAACACUCGAUCUUGCUGUGUGAAUUACAGUAUUUAAGGUUUCACUGGGGUUGAUUUAUUUUGACCGUCAAAUUGAUUAAGUUUGAACAGCUGACAUUAAAAGCACAACAGAGGACCUCUAA